CACCACCCGUUUUUUACUCUCAAUAAUUCCCAGUUGGCUGUUCUGACUUGACACAGAGAGGGAUGCGAUGAACAACACAAGACGCCGCUGUUUAUUUUUUAAAGAAAAGGAAAGAAAAGAAGAAAAGGACAGAAACUAGAAGUUGACCCCAUCAUUUGUCCCAAGAAAUGCCAGCAAAUGAGCUUGCUUCCGUGUGUAUAAGUAGUGGAUUAGCUGAGGCUCGGGGUGGUUCAGGUGAUAAGGAAAGGUAGUGGUAGGAGGAUAGAUGGAGAGGAAACGGAAGGAGAUGGAGAAGGGCAAGUCUGAGCUGAGACUGGCCAUGGAGGAGCUCCGUUUGUGCGGUUCAAGAGAUGGGGCGGAGGAGGAGGAGGAGGUGCAGGUUCAGCAGGUGAAAGUGCAGGAGCAGCACAAGUCAUCCACAAUGGACCUCCUCUAUGUCUCCAAGCAGCUCAUCCAUGUCCUUGAUGAGAUUGGACCAACUCUGCUAGUCCUGAGGCAGGACAUUCAGCAAAAUGUCCAGAGGUUACAAGACCUGCAUGAAAAGGACUGUUCCAAAUACGCGUGCUUGACGGCGAUAGUCACCGAGGAAAUGGAGCAAGGGACAGCGAAGAAGACCAAGAGCUGCACCAGAGCUAUCAUCUGGCUGUCUAGGUCGAUAAAAUUCUCAAAGUACUUACUGGAGAGGCUGCUGGAGACUCCUGAGUCGAGCCUGGAAGAGAUCGUGGAAGAAGCCUACGCAAAUACUCUGAAGCCAUGGCAUGGCUGGAUCUCGUCAGCUGCUUACAAGGUAGCACUGAAGCUCAUCCCGGAAAGAGAGUUCUUCGUAGCGCUGCUGAUGGGUAACUGUCAAGACUUGGAGGAUCUAGCAGAAGAUGCCAGGAUGCUGGCCUAUGCCGUCCAGCCCUUGUUACAGGAGAUCGAUGCGAUUUCGGCUAAGCACAACCUGGACAAGAUGAAAUCCUCUUAGGACACGAGGAUUUUGCCGAUCACCUGGUGACUGUACAUAGCUGCAUACGUGACCUGACCUUGUCUUGUGGCUGUAAAAGUGAAAGGUGUAAUUUUGGGGUUUGUCUGUAGAUUUCUAGUGACAUAUCGAAUGUGUAAAAAAAAAAAGUUGUCUUCAGUGUAUCCCUGCAGUGGUUUUAGUGCAUGUAUACCCCUCACGACCUAGGCACAGAAUCCUCUUCUAGUGUCAAAUUGUGUAGUGCUUGUUUUCUUUCUUCGAUUUUUUUCCAACGUAAUGGCACAACCUCUGCUUUUUAAUAAGAAGAAAACAAGAAGAUCCUGGACAGUUUCAGCUCU